UUUUGUGCUGGUGUUAAAACUUUAAUUACCUUAAAAAAAAAAGGCCCUAAUAAUCCUCUCCCCCGACCCUUUCUGGUGAAAGCACGGCCCACAGUGCGACCGUGAGAGAAAGUUUAAAAGCGGACGGUCUCCUCCCCGCUUUCCCCGCGGAGGAGUAGGGGUAUCUGUUUGUCCGUCUGCGCUCCGAGAAACGUGGGGGUAACAAGCAACCCUCCGGGGUGGCUAAGACCGUGACUCUUACCCCACCCUUCCACGGGGAGACGAAGGAGAAGUAUUGGGGGCGGACAGCAAUCAUAAAGACCACCAGACAGUUAUUUCUUCACUGCCAUUAGGUUAAAAAAAUAAAUCAUGACUGAAUCUGCCUCUAGCACAAGUGGUCAAGAAUUUGAUGUAUUCAGUGUUAUGGACUGGAAAGACGGAGUAGGUACGUUGCCAGGAAGUGAUUUAAAGUUUCGAGUAAAUGAAUUUGGAGCCCUGGAAGUUAUAACAGAUGAGAGUGAGAUGGAAAACGUUAAAAAAGCAACAGCUACCACAACUUGGAUGGUACCAACUGCUCAAGAAGCCCCGACCUCUCCCCCGAGCUCCAGGCCCGUAUUUCCACCUGCCUACUGGACAUCUCCACCUGGAUGUCCCACAGUCUUUUCAGAGAAGAGUGGGAUGCCUUUCAGGUUGAAGGAUCCAGUGAAAGUAGAGGGGAUUCAAUUUUGUGAGAACUGUUGUCAGUAUGGCAAUGUAGAUGAGUGUCUUCCUGGAGGAAAUUAUUGCAGCCAGAAUUGUACUCGGCAUAUCAAAGACAACAGAGAUCAGAAGGAAGAAAGGGACAUAGGAGAAGACAACGAGGAAGAAGAUCCUAAGUGUAGUCGGAAGAAAAAACCAAAACUAUCCCUGAAAGUGGACUCCAAGGAGGAUGGAGAAGAGAGAGAGGAUGAAAUGACAGUGAUCCCAUCAGGCUUUCGAGUUGGAAUGAAGCUUGAAGCUGUAGACAAAAAGAACCCUGCAUUUAUCUGUGUUGCUACGGUAACAGAUAUGGUGGACAAUCGUUUCCUGGUACAUUUUGACAACUGGGAUGAGAGCUAUGACUAUUGGUGUGAAGCUUCUAGUCCUCACAUUCAUCCAGUUGGUUGGUGUAAAGAACAUAGAAGAACCCUUAUUACUCCUCCAGGUUAUCCAAAUGUGAAACAUUUUUCUUGGGAUAAAUACUUAGAAGAAACCAAUUCUUUACCUGCUCCUGCAAGAGCUUUCAAAGUGAAACCUCCACAUGGAUUCCAGAAAAAAAUGAAGCUGGAGAUUGUAGACAAAAGAAAUCCCGUGUUUAUUAGAGUUGCAACAGUUGCAGACACGGAUGAUCACAAAAUAAAAGUUCACUUUGAUGGCUGGAAUAGUUGCUACGAUUACUGGAUAGAUGCAGAUUCUCCUGAUAUUCACCCUGUAGGCUGGUGUUCAAAAACCGGGCAUCCUCUUCAGCCUCCUUUGAGUAAGAAACACAUGGAUACAAAAGUUGCUGCCAACUGUCCCUAUUCAGAAAUAAAUCUGAAUAAAGAUCGCAUUUUCCCUGACCGCUUAAGUGGGGAGAUGCCUCCGGCUAGUCCAUCAUUUCCCAGAAAUAAAAGAACAGACACAAAUGAAAUCUCUUCAUCUCCUGAAAUCAGAGACCAGCACGCUGAUGAUGUCAAAGAAGACUUUGAAGAGAGAACAGAAAGUGAAAUGAGGACAUCACAUGAAGCCAGAGGUGCCCGGGAAGAGCCUGCCGUACCCCAGGCACAGCGUCGGUCUGCCGUCUUCCUGUCCUUUAAGUCCCCAAUUCCAUGUCUGCCCUUGCGCUGGGAGCAGCAAAGCAAACUGCUGCCAACUGUGGCUGGAAUCCCUGCCAGUAAAGUGUCCAAAUGGAGCACAGACGAGGUGUCAGAAUUCAUACAGAGCUUACCUGGGUGUGAAGAACAUGGAAAGGUAUUUAAGGAUGAACAAAUUGAUGGAGAAGCAUUUCUGCUUAUGACCCAAACAGACAUUGUUAAAAUUAUGAGCAUUAAGCUGGGCCCUGCUCUCAAAAUUUUCAAUUCUAUCCUGAUGUUCAAAGCUGCAGAGAAGAAUUCUCACAAUGAACUUUGAAGAUGGUGAAUUUUAAAUACAAUCAGCUUUCUGCUUUAAAGCUCAUGUUUUAUUCAAAGCACAAGGACAAUUCUAACUCCUAAGUGAGAAGUCUCCAAAACUCAAAAGAGCAAUGCUGUCGGAUUAUUUAUAUUCCUCCAGAGACAAUAUAUAUGAAUUCUUAUGAAAGUGCUUGAGCUUUUAACCAGGUACUGUCUAACAACAGUCAUCUUUUGGUUCUGUUCAAUGAGCUAAAUUUAUCUUUGUAAAUCUUUUUGAGGCUGGGGGGUGGGUGGGACAGGGGUUCUUCAUUAAUUAUUUAUGGAUAAGGGGGGGAAGAGUAAGAACUUUCAGCGUUUUGUAAACAUUGUUGAAUUCUCUUUCAUGUACACUAUUUCUUUUUCAAUACUUUCAGGAAUCUUUUUAUAUAAUCAAAUUUCAACUUAAACCAAAUUAGUCAAAACCUGGCUCGGUUUAGCCAGUGGGACUGUUAUCUGUAUUGUUAAUUCUGUGCCAUAUUUUGAAUUGCAACAUUAUGCUAAGUAUAACUUCGCAAGUCAUGAUAUUGCCUAACUGCUUGUCAUCAUUUGUUGGGGCUGAAUAGUUGUAAACAUUACUUUUCCUUAAAUCAAGUGUUUUUGCUUUUGCACGUAUUAUGUAAUGUUAAAUUACUUUCACCAGCAUCUUUACUAUAAUUACCAAAAAUAUGUAUAUAAAUAAUGGAAUUGAAAAAUAAAAUAUAUAAACAUAAAUAAAUUAGGUGAUGUAUUUGAAUGGCAUCAAUCUGAAACAUUGUGGUGCCCUGUGUGUUGGACUCUUAUAGAGUCCAAUGGUAUGGUGGAAUAUGCAGUUACCUUUUGGGGGGUGGGGGUUGUAAGGAUCUUGAACUAUUUAUGAGAUUAUCUUGAGCGUCUCCGUAAUUCUCAUUGAGGUAACUGGUGCUUUUCAGAGAUAGAUGAAAGACUCAUCCUAUCAGUGGAAACACUAAUCCCUAGAGAGCUGUCUCAGCUGUUUCUGUUUCCUCCAAACCCAAAGGUUUUCUUCAGGGUUGACUAUGAGAGAGAGUGUGGAUUUUACUGGAAAGGCAAGGUGUGAGGGAACAACAUGAGUUGACACAAAGAUUCUAAAUGCUCACAGGUCAGGGAGGCAAUUUCCCAAAACAGUUCUUCAAGAACCUUCGUUUUGGAAAGAUUCCUUUCUCUAUGGAACAGUUCACCUCAAUAUGUAAGCAUACAGAUGCACUUUAAACGAAAGCCCUUGAUUACCUAUGAAAUGAUAGCUGGUAGUGUUUCUUUUACAAGAAUGCAUUCCCCCUCGAAUGCUAAAUUAUUUUAUUAGCCUUUGGAUGUCAUUUCUAACUCCAGGAUCAGACUAUUUUAAAAGUAGAAAGUAAAUUUGCAGCAUGCUGUCUGAAUUCUGGAGAAAGUUGCAACAGCCUUUUUAGUUGCUCUCAUUUUUUCUGAUGUAGAACUUCCUUUGAGGUCCCCUGUUGGAAGUCUAUUAGCAGUCUUUGCAUUUGUCAUAAUUCAAGGUAAAAACAGGGUCAGUGACAUCUGCAGUGUCCCAUUCAUUUGUUUGCAUGAAUCUGCUUAACUAAGUUUUUUUGUUGUUAGUUUUUAUUUCCUUUUUUUAUGUUUUGUUCAGAAUCUGUACAUUGAAGUUGCACUUGUUACAUCUGACAUGAA